CUUCUCGGGAGAGGGACACAGGGAGCGAGCGGAGCCACGUCGAGGAGGAGAGGGACUAAAUGAACAGAGUGAAGGGGAUACCCUGGGAAAGAGAGAGAGAGUGACCGACACUCAGUACAGACCAGGACACCGGGAUAUCCGGCCAGACGAUCGACCAUGUCGGGACAGUAUUCACGCGUGCGAGUCCCCGUGCAGGAGCAGAUCUGGGAUUUGCAGAAAAAAAUUCAGCUCCUGGAGGGUGAUCGGAAGGCUUAUUAUGAAACUUCGCAAGAUAAAAUCAAGAAAAACAAGGAGACUAUUCAACACCUGAGACAGGAGAUCAAGCAACUGCAUAAAGCACUGGCUGGAGCACUGGUGAGUGAUAAGAAGCUUGUUCAAGCUUCGUUUCAAGAUCACCAUGACAAAAUGGCUCUGAGGAACAAGAGUGGAAAGGAUAUCAUGGUGGCUAUGGAUCAGAAGGUGUGUGAGAAGGCUAAUCGUCUCAAUGCUCUCAAGCAUGAGACAGAAACAAAGAGGAAGCAGCGGAUGAACCUGGAGCUGCAGUACAACAAGAACAUGGAGGGGGCUGCCUUCCUGCAGGCCGUGGAGGAGAACACAUCGGAGGAAGCACAGACCCUGCGGCUGCUCGAGAACCGAUUGGAGAAAACGCAGUUGAAAUAUGGCGAGGCAUCACAUGUGAUGAAGGUGUAUCAGAGGCUCAAGGCCCAUCUACAGGAGGAGAGUGUGACCUUUCAGAAGCAACUGGACACGCUGGAAGCUGAGAUCCUGCAGCAUCGGCAGCAGCUGAAGGAGCUGCAGGCCAUGAACAACAAUGCUCAGCUCUCUCGCGAUGCUGCUAAGGCAGAACUCCGGCAGCAGGAAGAGGUUAUGCAGAAGGAACGCCGGGAACGGGAAAAGAUACUCAAUGAGUACAAGAAGCUCGCCGAAGAAAAGAGAGCACAAGUGGAGCGUGCAGAGAGACAAGCAUUACGAGCAACUACUCAUUCAGAUGAGCUGCACUAUGAGAGACCAGGAACUGAGGACACUGCAGCUGAGGAAAGGUCCAACAACACACUAGGAGAAUCCUUCCAAUGGAUCAAAGCGGUUACUGGUGUUACUGACGUCCAGGACAUAACGAAACACUACAUAACGCAGAGCGAUACUUUGAAGCAUUUGCAGCAACUGGAGCUGGACAAUAGGAAACAGUUGGUACAAUUGGAGGAGGAGAAAGCGAGGCUGAAAGAAGAGUAUGAGCAUCUGAAAUAUUCUGGUGAAAACAAACUCUCCAGUGAGCAGAAAUUGUUAACGGAGCUGCAGGCACACCUGGAGGAUGAGCAAAAACGACGAGACAAGUUAAUAGAGGAUCUUGAGUACGUCAGCCGUAUCACUCUGUCCAUUAAAGCUGGCAUGGAGCAUAUCUCUGAAAAAAUGCGACACGUGGAAGUCGAUAGCAUUCCCACUGUGGUCCUGAGUCCCAGCUCGGAUGAGUAUGUGUUGGACCUGCUGUCGGCAACCGAGGCCAAGCUGCUGCAACUCUACCAACACCUCAGUGCGUUAGACCUGAACAACAUGCUGCAGUUGAUGGAAGAGGACGAGUUCCACGCCAGUGUGGAAGGCAAACUCCCACCCUACAAUAUGCGGGUGAAGCUACCUGUGACUCAAAAGCUUGAUGUAUACGAGGAUGCCGAGGAUGAUGACGAUGGUGAUGUUGAUACUGAUGAAGAUAAUGACAGUGGAGACAAUUCUGGUGACAUUAUCACAAGGGCAAUGCUGAAGCGACAGUCACAGCAGAUUGUUGACUGGAAAACCAAAAGGAAGUCUCGCCCCAAAAGAAGGAAGGCAAAACACAGAUCGGCGCAUGAAGGAAGCCCUCUGCCCCUCCCCAUCCUUGUUCGCUAGUUCGCUGUGCCUCUGGCUCGCAGGUUGCAGGUGGCUUGCAACAGUCCAAGAAGGUAGCCAGAGGAACUGAGUGAGGGAUGAUUGGAAAGAUUUGCAGGGUGUGGCAAUUUGAAGCAAGCAGUAGAUUAGAAUCCCAUUGGAGUCUGAGCAGCAGACUCAGACUUCUAAACUUCAGCCCACACCAGGAAACACAAUGAGGUCAUCGCUAGUUGGAAAAACUUUAAAAAUACCAAUUCUGAAACAAUAGUAAAUUCUGUAAAUUUGCAGUAGAAACAAUUUGCAUUUGAGUGAGACAGUGAUAUUUUGGAGAUCUUUAAUCAGAGGCUAAUGGACCUAUUCUUGCCCCAUUAUUUCAGUACAAUAUAGAUGUUAAAUGUUAAGGGUGAAGAUUAGACAAUAUCCUUUUCCUAGUUUAAAAAACCCGAGGAUCGCAGAAAGGACCUGCAACUGUAGGAGGGUGGAGUAAACUUGAACUAGUCAAAUAAAUAAUUUGAAACCUUGUAAAGUUUAUUGGAGACCCUGAUCUGGAUACCAGUGUAUAUGCAGUAGAUAAUUGGAGUUUGCAAAUUCAGUCCUAUAAUGGCUUUGUUUAGUUGAUAUCCUCCAUUAGCUCACCUCAUUCCAGUUGCUACUGAAACCUGUCAUAAAAAUUCUUACCAGAUUUGACAGGGUAGAUAACCUAAAAUGCUGGAAAGAGUGAGCAGAUCACAGCAUCAUACUUAUGGUUAGUUAGAUGCUGCCUGGUAUUCUAUUUUUAACCUUUUCUAUUUUUAGUUUAGAUUUCCAGCUUCUGCAUUUUUUUAAUUUCAAUUUUAUUGACAGGGUGGAUGCAUGGGUAAUGUUUUCUCUGGCUGGGGGGGGGGUGGGGGAGGGAUGAGGGUCCAGAACGAAGGCUCAAAAUGAGAAUAGGCUAGUAAGGAUAGGGAUGGGAAGAAAUGUAUUCAUUCAGAAUGGAAGUGAAUCCUUAGAAUUCUCAACCCAAGAAGUGGAAGUUCAGUCAAAAGGAUCAAUGAUUCAAAUGGUUCCAUUUCAUAUCAGAGAAUGUAUACAGUAUACAACCUUAAGAUUCUUACUCUUCACAGCCAUCCACAAAACAGAAAAAAAAACCAAGGAACGAAUGACAGAAACAUUGUUUGGCACGGACUAGAAGGGCCGAGAUGGCCUGUUUCCGUGCUGUAAUUGUUAUAUGGUUAUAUAAACAUUAGAACCCCAAAACCUCCCCCUCCCCUCCCACACACAAGCAUCAACCUACCCCUUCAGCAAAAGCACCGACCCCCCUCCUCCUCCUCCCCCACCAUGCAAGCAAUAGCAAAGCCCCCAAAGAGAUGUCGGUCUAGAGUCCAAGCCAACAUUUGAGUAUCUCAGAUAGGCUCUCUGUCACUAGUGAGGGAGAGAGAGAGAUUGCUCCUGCGGUGAAUGAGAGCAGGAGACCAGCAGCUCGCUGUUUCGACGUUACAAGCUGCAGCAUCACUUCAACGUUUACGACCUUCUGCUUUGCUUCUCUGAGUCCCCUUACUCGAGGACCAACAGGCUCUCACACACCAUCAAAAGAGCAAGAGAGGGUAUGAAGGGAAGUAGAAGAUGUCAGCCAGGCUCCAGAGGGAGAGAUGGAGAGAGAAGACGCGAGUGGAGGGAGUUGGUCGACUACCAGAAGGAGUGGACGGAGCGAGGGUCUGAGGGGCUGCGAUGCUCGGAGGAGGUCGAUGGGGGACGAACGGACAGAAACUGGAGCUCCAACGUGCACAUUAGACAGUUUCAUGUGAAUGGGCCCUUUUUUUUUGUUUCUUUACUAACCUACAGUCAAAUUAA